AUGCCGCUCAACGGCGUGAAGCAUAUUGUCCUGAUACUAUCUGGAAAAGGUGGUGUUGGCAAAUCCUCUGUGACGCUCCAGCUCGCUCUCACUCUCAGCCUGGCAGGCCGAUCUGUGGGGAUUCUGGACGUUGACUUGACUGGGCCCUCGAUUCCACGGCUGGUGGGGUUGGAAGAUGCCAAAAUCACACAGGCACCAGGGGGCUGGCUGCCAGUCACGGUCCAUUCUUCCGAGGCAGCAGCGAACUCUUCGGGCCUGGAAAACAUAAGAGAUAUAGCAUCGUCGUCAGACGGGGCCACUCUUCAAAAUAGCACAGUUUCUCGCGGCUCUCUACGAUGCAUGUCCCUUGGCUUUCUUCUUCGCGACCGCGGUGAUGCCGUAAUCUGGCGUGGCCCCAAAAAGACAGCGAUGAUCCGGCAGUUCCUUACGGAUGUCUUAUGGGGCGAAAUGGACUACCUUCUCAUUGAUACCCCUCCAGGAACGAGUGAUGAGCAUAUUGCCCUGGCUGAACAACUGCUCACUAUUCAGCAGAAUUCUUCGUCUGAUACUUCGGGUGCGGCACCUAAGCUGGCUGGCGCCGUACUUGUCACAACCCCCCAGGCGAUAGCUACUGCCGAUGUACGAAAAGAAAUCAACUUUUGCACAAAAACACGAAUACCUGUACUAGGAGUCAUCGAGAAUAUGUCCGGAUAUACUUGCCCCUGUUGUGGAGAAGUGAGCAAUGUGUUUUCUCGGGGUGGGGGGCAAGUUAUGGCGCAGGAGAUGAAUGUGAAAUUUCUGGGUGCUGUGCCGAUUGAUGUUGGUUUUUGUGAAAUGGUAGAAGGGUGGAAAAAAGACUUGAUGGGGCAGAAUGGCGAACAGUCUAUACCCCAAGAAAGGCAGCAUACCGGAAGUGUUAUGGAGGAUGAUUUACUGGUUAAGAGGUAUACAAAAUGCUGGUCUUACCCGAUCUUUGAGGGGUUUGCCAAAGCGUUGAUUGAUCAUGUUGAAUACUCGGUAUAA